UGAAAAGGGGAGGGGCCUCGGGCGCACUGUUAUUAUUUAUUUCUUUGUUUCGCGUGUAUUAAACAAAAACAACGGUGGCUAAUUCACGGCCUGUGCAUAUUUCGCGAGAGCGAAUGACAGUCGCGUGCUCCCGCUACCGCACCGACACAUCGGGAAAAUCAUCAGGGGGAGGAUGAAGCGGCGCAAUGCGGACUGCAGCAAACUCAGACGGCCGUUAAAACGGAACCGAAUCACCGAGGGUAUAUAUAGCAGUACAUUCCUGUAUCUGAAGUUCCUGGUGGUGUGGGUGUUAGUUUUGCUUGCUGACUUUGUGCUGGAGUUCAGGUUCGAGUACCUGUGGCCCUUCUGGCUUUUCCUUCGCAGCGUCUACGAUUCCUACAGAUAUCAGGGGCUGGCAUUCUCAUUCUUCUUUGUGUUUGUGGCACUCACGUCAGACAUCAUCUGCCUCCUGUUCAUCCCUGUCCAGUGGCUGUUCUUUGCUGCCAGCACCUACGUAUGGGUGCAGUAUGUAUGGCACACAGAGAGAGGAGUGUGUCUACCCACUGUGUCGUUGUGGAUCCUGUUUGUGUACAUCGAAGCUGCCAUCCGCUUCAAAGACCUGAAGAACUUUCAUGUCGACUUGUGUCGACCUUUUGCUGCUCACUGUAUUGGCUACCCAGUGGUGACUCUGGGCUUUGGCUUCAAGAGCUAUGUGAGCUACAAGAUGCGGCUAAGGAAACAGAAGGAGGUGCAAAAGGAGAACGAGUUCUACAUGGAAUUGCUCCAACAGGCUCUACCCCCUGAGCAGCAGAUGCUGCAGCGACAAGAGAGGGAAGCAGAGGAGGCCAAGGGGAUUUCAGAGACAGAACCUUCCAUCGGGUCGCAAAACGGAGGACCCCCCAGCAAGAAAAGCGCCUGCAUCCCCUUACCAGAACUGGAGUACAGGGAAAAGGGGAAGGACAAUACUGGAAAAGAGCGUGAAGGCAAAAAACCAAACGCAAUUGGAAUCAAUAACAACAACAUUAUACACUCACUGGACUCCAAACUCCAGGAGACGGAAUAUAUUGAGAACUACAUCAGGGCAAAGAAACUGAGCAACGACGCGGCGGGAGAGAACGCGCACGGCGACUCCAACGCCGUCACUGCUUCCAAAGAAGAAGUGGCGGCGAGUGGGAAGAACUACAAAAAUGCCCCCGGAGGUGGCGCCUGCAACUCAUCGCCGCGGAAUCACAGUUUCAGCAACGGCAGCCUGCCGACGGCGGCUUCGUCGUCCACUAAGAAUGACAAAAAGCAGAAGGGGGGCGGCAAAAGUCCAAAGGAUCCGCUGGAAAACUGCAUCCCCAACAACCAGCUGGGCAAGCUGGAUGCUCUCGUACGGAUGGAGCAGGACGUGAAACGGCUCAAGGCAGACCUGCAGGCCAACAGGCAGGUGGAGUCGGACUUGCGCAGUCAGCUGUCCACCCUGAGCAGCCAAGACCGCAACCUUCGCUCUGAACUGGGCCAGCUCCAGCAGGACAACGAACUGCUUCAGAACAAGCUCCACAGUUCCGUCCAGGCCAAGCAGAAGGAUAAGCAGACCAUCUCCCAGCUGGAGAAGAGGCUGAAAGCCGAGCAGGAGGCGCGGGUCCUGGCUGAAAAACAGCUGGCCGACGAGAGGAAGAGGAAGAAGAUGGAGGAGGCCACGGCCGCCAGAGCGGUGGCGUUAGCCGCGGCCACCAGAGUGGAGUCGACCGAUUCCCUGCGUGGUCGUAUCAGAGAUCUGGAGACCGAGUGCAAGAAGCUCAGUAUGGACGUGAAAGUCAAAGAGGAGCAGAUUCGAGAUCUGGAGGGCAAGUGCCAGGAGUUGCGCAAAUACAAAGAGAACGAGAAGGACACCGAGGUCUUGAUGUCGGCGCUGUCAGCCAUGCAGGAGAAGACGCAGCACCUGGAGAACAGCCUGAGCGCCGAGACCCGGAUCAAGCUGGACCUGUUCUCCGCUCUGGGUGACGCCAAGAGGCAGCUGGAGAUCGCGCAAGGCCAGAUCCACCAGAGGGAGCAAGAGAUAGCAGAGCUCAAGCAGAAGAUCGCCGAGGUGAUGGCGGUGAUGCCCAGCCUCUCUUAUUCGGCUGACAGCAGCAACCUGAGCCCGGUGACCCCGCACUACUCCUCCAAGUUCAUGGACAAUAGUCCCUCCUCCCUGGACCCCAACGCCUCAGUCUACCAGCCCCUCAAAAAAUGACCGGGCUGACUUUUUUUUUUUUUUUCCGCUUUUCUUUGAAGCUCUUUGUUUCACUUCGGGUCAUUCUGAGUUUACAAGCCUCCGACAGAUUUUGCACUGAGAGACACAACUCCUGCAGACAUAUCAACAUUUGAAAGGAGUGUUUUGAGUCGGGUUGUGAGGUUUCAGGCAGGUUGAUUUCAAUAAACGGGGGAAUGAGGAAUACUUUGUCAGCCGAGAAAGAGACAUCGUGCGUCACUUUGCAUCACCGUAUUCCUCAACAGGCUUUUGUUUCGUAUGAGUCCAUUUGGGCUUAAUUUCAAGGCACUUAAGCAAUCAAGUUGAGAGAUACAUGAAUGUAAGCCUAUUCAUUCUUUGGGAUCCCUGUCAACGUGAAGCAAUGAUUGUUUGCUAUCUAAAGUAGAAGAAUUUCCCCCACUCGAUUAAACGCUGUAGUUGAGACCCUGAGGAUUAAUCACGGCACUGCCAAAACACGAUACAGUACAUCACCUUGUCUCAUGUUCUUUUCCAUGUGGACCAAAUUGCAACCUGUUAGGCCAUAUCCUUUGAUGAAUUUAAUAAUGAUGUCUCGGUAACUGCUCGUUACCGUUCUUAUUUUGCAGAUUAUUCAGUGCCUUUCAAUUCUGCAAUUUUUUUCAAAACGCUGCAG